GCCCCUGAAGAGGAAUUUCCCAGUGGAAACCUACCAUGCUCGAUACUGUAUAUACGAACGAUAAAAUGUAAUAUUUAAUAAAGCUAUCCGCUAGUUAAACUUCCAAAAAUAAAAAUAAAUUUUACGUUUCAUGCAAUUUUAGUACGCAGGCGUUCAUUCAACUAUAGUAUUGAUUUUCAUGCGUAAUGUCACGCAACUAGUAUGGUCUCACUUCGAAGUGCGAACAUUGCUGCUCGUAAUUAAUCAAACUGCUGUAUAAGAAAGGUAUUGUUCUAGACUUUAUUACAAUAAACGAAACGGUGUCUAGCAAGAAUUCGAUUGAACAACAUGGUUGGACCAAAUGUUUCUUUGUGACUAACUGUUUCGGAAGGUGGAACAACCUCAGCCUCAGGCGCAUCCUUUAAGACACCUUCCGAACACGAGCGAGUAAAUACGGAGCUCGCAACGCUUUGUAAGGUGUAUCCUGUAAGCCCUGUAACUGGGCCCGGGGCAGCGAGAUCCGUAUGGGAAUUAAGUCCCGAUCCCGACAUGGUCGGGCAUCUACCAAAUACUCCGAUUUCUAGCACCACUCAUCAAAAUCAUGGAUCUGCUAAGGAUUCUGAACUGCAACGGAGAAGCGGUCCUGACGACAACAUUUAUGCCGACGAAACUGCUCCCGGUCAAACUCCGUCUAACGAAACCAAACAGAUCUUUGAACUACUUAGAUCCGGGGAAAUAACGGAUGUGGAUGAAUUAGUAGAAAAGAAUGGUUUAAGUUUGUUAAGCGCAAGGGAUGAAUGGGGAUAUACCCCAGCCCAUUGGGCUGCUCUGGAUGGAAACAUCGAAGUAAUGAGAUACUUAAUAGAACGAAAUGGACCAGUUGAUCUUUCUUGUCUUGGAAUUCAAGGACCGAGACCGAUACAUUGGGCUUGCCGGAAAGGUCAUAGUGCGUUAGUUCAAGUGUUAUUAAAGGCAGGUGUAGCUGUUAAUGCAGCAGAUUUUAAAGGCCUAACUCCUUUGAUGACUGCCUGUAUGUUUGGAAAAUUUGCAACAGCAGCAUUUUUAUUAGGGUCCGGUGCAUUAGGACAUUUAACAGAUAUAAACGGCGAUACUGCCCUUCAUUGGGCUGCAUAUAAGGGACAUGCAGAACUAAUAAGAUUACUCAUGUAUAGUGGAGUAGAUUUACAAAAACCAGAUUACUUUGGAUCUACUCCACUACACUUAGCAUGUCUUUCCGGCAAUGUCAGUUGCGUUAAAAUAUUGUGUGAAAAGAGUAAAAUUGAAUUAGAACCUCGUGACAAAAAUGGUAAAACACCGUUACAGCUGGCAAAAAGUCAUAGACAUUAUGAGAUUAUAAGAAUACUUCAAGCUGAACAAAAACGACGGUGUAGAUGGAUUCCACCUAUCAAUGAACUUUGGGCAUUAUUAUUUGGUGGAGCUGGCAACAGUAAAGGUCCUAUAUUAUUAUUUAUGGUAUCAGUUCUUUUAUGGGGAUAUCCAAUGUACUUACUAAAAUGUAUCCCAUUAACGUGGAAUCUCUUACGCGGUAGUCAUUAUUGCUUUAUUUAUUGGAACAUCGUUAUGUGGAUUUCAUGGAUUGUUGCAAAUAGAAGAGAUCCUGGUUACAUACCACAAAACAGUGAAACUUAUUAUAGAGCAAUCAAUCAGAUUCCAUACUUCGAUAAAUGGAAGAAACGAAAUGUAUUGUUAUCUCGACUAUGUCACAGUUGUAGAUGCUUCAGACCAAUAAGGGCUAAACAUUGCAGAAUAUGUAAUAGAUGUGUUACAUAUUUCGAUCAUCACUGUCCCUUUAUAUACAACUGUGUGGGUUUAAGAAACAGAAUGUGGUUCUUCUUGUUCGUCAUGUGUGUAGCAAUAAAUUGUUCUUUUACAAUUUAUUUUGCCUGCUACUGUAUGGCAAUUGAAGGAAUCCAAUUACUAUAUGUGUUGGGGGUACUAGAAGCUUUAGUGUUUUGUGGACUUGGAUGGAUUCUAACAUGCACUUCGGUAUUACAUGCUUGCAUGAACUUGACCACAAAUGAAAUGUUUAACUAUAAACGAUAUUCAUAUUUAAGAGACAAGAAAGGAAAAUAUUUAAAUCCAUUUAGUAGAGGUCCUGUUCUCAAUUUUAUUGAGUUCUUUCUUUGUCCUCCAAAUCACCAGACAAACAAUCCUCAAAAUUACCAAAUACUUUCAGAAGAUAUGAUGUAAACUAUUACGAAACCACUAUUUUAUAACAACACUACGCUUCUAAAAGAUAAAAAUAUUGAUUAUAUAAUUAUUU